AGGUCUGGGUGGAGAUCCAGAGCUGUGGGGUCUGCGUGACCUCUGGCCCCAGCCCCUGCUGGCCGGCCGGUACUAGUAACACCAACGUUUCGAACCCCGCUUCUUGACUUCCUUCAAGAAACGGGAAGUUUUCCGACUGUCGGCCAUACUCUUCAUUGAUUCAACCUGUUUCGUCUUCCCAGACAAGUGGGUUCUUUCCCAGCGAUGUAAACAUGAUUCAAAUGAAAACAAAACUCUGUGGCAGUUAUUAUUAAUAGCUGUGGCCCUGCUCCUGGGAGCCUUUCUCUUUUAAGGGACCAAAAAGAGGAAGGCCCGAACAGAACUGGAGUGUGGGAGAGUGGGAGGGAGCUCUCUCUCUCUUAGUCAUCUGUCCCCGCCCCGCCGCUCUCUGAAAGCCUAACUGCGUGGAAAGGGAACCUGCGUUUCCAGUAGCCAGUGUGGUCUGCAGCAGACUUGGGGGGCAGCGAGGUGCCAGGCCCUACCUUUGCUGAUGGCGAGCUCCUCCCCAGGGACCCCAGCUUCUUUCCCGAGGACGAGGAGGAGGCUAUGACGCUGGCCCCACCCGAGGGCCCCCCGGAGUCAGACAUGGACAGCCCCAUGGAGAGCAUGCAGAGCCUGGAGGGGUCGGUAGGGAGUCCUGCCGAGGAGAAGGACGGAGGGCUUGGGGGCCUGUUCCUGCCGGAGGACAAGUCCCUGGGCCAUGCCCCAUCCAUGACCACAUCGGACCUCUCCACACACUCCACCACCUCGCUUAUCAGCAAUGAGGAGCAGUUUGAAGACUAUGGAGAGGGGGACGACGUGGACUGUGCCCCCAGCAGCCCCUGCCCCGAUGACGAGACCAGGACCAACGUUUACUCGGACCUGGGAUCUUCAGUGUCUUCCAGUGCGGGGCAGACACCCAGGAAAAUGCGGCACGCCUACAACAGCGAAUUGCUGGAUGUUUACUGCUCUCAGUGCUGUAAGAAGAUCAACCUGCUGAAUGACCUGGAAGCCCGACUGAAAAACCUGAAGGCCAACAGCCCUAACCGGAAGAUCUCUAGCACGGCCUUUGGACGGCAGCUCAUGCACAGCAGCAACUUCAGUAGCAGUGAUGGUAGCACUGAGGACCUGUUCCGAGACAGCAUUGACUCCUGUGACAACGACAUCACGGAGAAGGUGAGCUUCCUGGAAAAAAAAGUGACAGAACUGGAGAAUGACAGCCUGACCAAUGGGGACCUGAAGAGCAAGCUGAAGCAGGAGAACACACAGCUCGUGCACAGGGUGCACGAGCUGGAGGAGAUGGUGAAAGAUCAGGAGACCAUGGCUGAGCAGGCCCUGGAGGAGGAGGCGCGGCGGCACCGCGAGGCCUACGGCAAGCUGGAGAGAGAGAAGAGCACGGAGAUCGAGCUGCUCAACACCAGGGUGCAGCAAUUAGAGGAGGAAAACACUGAGCUCAGAACAACAGUGACCCGGCUCAAGUCACAAACAGAGAAGCUGGAUGAGGAGCGGCAGCGCAUGUGUGACCGGCUGGAGGACACCAGCCUGCGGCUCAAAGAUGAGACGGACCUGUACAAGCGCGUGACGGACAAGCUGCGGCAGAACCGCCUUGAGUUCCAAAAGGAACGGGAGGCGACGCAGGAGCUCAUCGAGGACUUGCGGAAGGAGCUAGAGCACCUGCAGAUGUACAAGCUGGACUGUGAGCGGCCAGGCCGGGGACGCAGCUCGUCCUCUGGCCUGGGCGAGUUCAACGCCAGGGCCCGCGAGGUGGAGCUGGAGCAUGAGGUCAAGCGGCUCAAGCAGGAGAAUCAUAAGCUGCGGGACCAGAAUGACGACUUGAAUGGACAGAUCUUGAGCCUCAGCCUCUAUGAAGCAAAGAACCUCUUUGCCACCCAGACCAAAGCCCAGUCUCUGGCCGCAGAAAUAGACACGGCCUCUCGCGAUGAGCUCAUGGAAGCCCUGAAGGAGCAGGAGGAGAUCAACUUCCGGCUGAGGCAGUACAUGGACAAGAUUAUCCUUGCCAUCCUGGACCACAACCCCUCCAUCCUUGAGAUCAAACACUGAGACGAGGGCUGGCUGCAGAGCGGCCUCGGGACCCUCCCAGCCCUGGACCCUGGGACCAAGGCGCAGACCCCACUUGAGGAUGCGGCCCAAGCCAGGCCACACACACACAGACACACAGACACACAGACACACACACACACACACACACACACACACACACACACACACACACUGUAAACAUCUCUGGCCACCAUGUCCUGUGUACUGAUGCGUAUGUGGGGAAGCCGCUCACACAGCAAGGGGUGAGCGUGGGGCUGUGAGUGUCAUCUGCACAGUUACUGCCCGUGCACUUUGCAGUCCCCUUGCAAGAGAGGAUGGUCCUGGAGGGUGGGAGGGGCAAGGUCUGCUAUCAGGAGUUACUGUAAUAACAAGAACUGGAAGACUGUGUUUCAGGUACUGGAUGAAAAUGAUUCUACCUCUGGGGAUAAGGAUUUAAAGAUGCUCUAGUGAGACAGGCUGUUUUCACCCCACCUCUGUUCCCUCUGGGAGUGGGAGCAAAAUUAUGGUCUUUCCCAGGGGUUCGAAUGCCUAACGGCCACAUCCUCCCCAGCCUCUUUGGCCACCUUUCAAGCCUAGGUGCUCAGGCUCAGAGAGGAGGAAGGGGCCCUCCCAGAGCCCCUCCCUGGCCAGCAGCCCCUGUGAUGCCUGUGCAUGGGGUGUCCCGAGGACUCAGGCUUGCAGGAGAGCUGGCAUGGGGCAGCCUUCGUUUGAGAAGUUCUUGGUAUUUGGGGGGUUUCCUGUACACUUCCCCAUCCCUGCCUGCCUGCCUGCCUGCCUCUUCCUUUCUGGCUUGGUUGUUUUUGGUUUUUAUUUUAGAGAGAGAGUGCGAGUCGGGGAGAGGCGCGGGGUCGAGGGUGGGGUGGGGGCGGAGAGAGAGAGAGAGAGAGAGAGAGAGAGAGAGAGAGAGAGAGAGAAUGAAUCUUAAGCAGGCUCCACACUCAGCAUGGAGCCCGACGCUAGGCUCAAUCCCACAACCCAGGGAUCAUGACCUGAGCUGAAAUCAAGAGUUGGACGCUCAACUGACUGAGCCACCCAGGCGCCCCUCUUUCUGUUUUAUUGUUAAGACCAUGAAAAAUGAGCGGUAUUUAACUUGAGUGUAAAAUGAAGGGAAUAAAAGGGGGUGGGGAGUGGGGGCCAGGGGUGUCUAAGGCACGUGUUGGCAUUGGGUGACAAAGACCUUAGUUCCAGGGAGGAGCGUGGUCCCAUUCCAGUCUGUUCCCUCCCCGUGGGCUGCAUUUCAUGAGAAGCAUGGAUGGACAGUCCGCAGGCGGGGAGUGGGCCUUGCUUACCUGCUCCUGUUCUCCACACAACCCGGUGAUGGCAGGCCUCAGGUUUGGAGUUUGGGAUUCUGAGCUCUGGGCUUGACUCAGCUGGGUAGCAAGGCCCCCGCGUCCCGCCUUUUGGAAACUCUCCUAUUCAGUUCUCAGCCAGGAGCGGUGUGCUGGUGAGAGACACGGGUGGGGAGAUCGCAGGGAAACCUUCGGCCUCCGUCCUUGUGACACAUGGUGGAAAUUCUCUCUCUGGAUUUUUUUUUCUCUCGCUCUCUGGAUUUUUAACGUGAUCUUUUGUUGUAGGCAGCUGGUACUUUGAGUUUUCCAGUUUGUCUCAGUUUUAUAUGGCUUGUGAUUCGUUUCGUUAAUCCACACAUCUAUAAACAUGUAUGCUCUUGGUUUUUUUUCCCCUGCAGUUUGUUUUCUUCAGCAAUUCUAGUGUAAGAAGGAAAGUUCAGGCAUGUUGGGGAGGGGCAAGAAGGGGUGUAUGCAGAGAAGCGGGGGCAGGAGAGGGUGAAGAGGGGAUCGGGGACUUGGGUAUGUAUGUUCCCUGUUCACGGAGGCAGGGCUGUGGCCACCACCCAUCUUCAUUCCAUUCCAGUCAACUUUUGCUUCUGUUGGAUUUUGUGAUUUCUUUUGAAGCAUACGUGUGGGGUUUGUUUCAUGCUGCAGAUAACGGGGCUGCGUUGGUCUGAUCCAGGCCUUUGGGGGUCACCCACCGCAGGAAGACUAGGGCAGGGAGUCUCUCGACUCGCGAGGGUGCUGGUCUCCUUGGGCUCCUCCAGGGGUCUGAGAAGCAGCAGCAGUGGAAAGAAGGCAUGAGGAGUGAGUCUCUUGAGAAUUUGCUAAUGGCUCCUAAUUAAAGGAAAGAAAAGAAGACGUAUCAGGACUUGGGUUUGGUCUGGAUUUGACACCAGGAGGAGUCCUACAGAGGCCAGCCAGACCAAGGUCCUGGGCUGUGGGAGACUCGCCCCAGGGAUGAGCAUUUUAUAUGUAAAACUUUAUAUGCUCUUUAGCUGCUUUGAUCUGGAAUCCCAAAGAAGGGCCCAGAGGCCUGGGUUACACAGUCACACGGUCACUAGGCGGGAAGGAAUUUCUGCCUUGGUGUAAAGGGGCGGAAAAAGCGGUCUGCCAGCAACAUGCUGCCACCUCCUCCCUGAAGGGGGCGCCAUGGGAGCGGCCUCCCUGAGGACGCCGCGUCUGAAAGGCCCCAAGGGAUCUGGUGCUGUGCCUGGGGUCUCUGGAAAAAGGGCGGACUUUAAAAUGAGACUAAACUCCACGUAACCCAGGUCUCGAGUUAAAUCCAACCAUCUUCAGCCAGAGUACGUCUCAUAAAACCCAGACCGUCUAAUUGGCUCUCAACGAUCAUGUAGCGUCUUUAACUGCUCUUCCCUGCUUGAAAGCUCGCCUGAGGGGGGCACAUGUCCCAAGGGUCCCAGCCCCAUGGGCCCUGCGAGGCACCGGCGGGGCAGACCCUGCCCCCUUCCAGUGUUUCCCCCUACUUUGUGUGUGGUCUGGUAGAGCGUUACACUCUUCUCUCUCUCCGCACGGGGGGGGGGGGGGGCUGCUAGGUAGCAUGCACGGUGCCCAGCCCAGUGUGCAUUUCAGGCAAACAAAACAGAACUCGUAGGAGAAGUAUGUUCCCUGCAAUGCCUGGAACAUACUUAAAAUGGAGAGAGUUUUAAAAUUCUGAUAACUGGGUGGAAUCCACAGAGGUUCUGACUUCGUUGGUGUGGAGCAUGGCCGCCGAGGCAUCGGAAUGUUUGAACAACUCCCCAGCUGAUUGUAAUUUAACUGGGUGCCCCUAUGUGGGUUUUGUUUUUUGUUUUCGCUGAACCCGGCCACCUUACCAAGUAGGGAUUAGUAGUAACUUGUCCAAAGUUUAGAGGUGUUGCGGGGGCGUGGAGAGGGGUUUCUGCAACAGAUUUGCGUUUUACUCGGCAGUUGGCUAUCCUUACAUUCAGUUGGAAACCAGACAAAAGUUGCCGAAUCAGCAAGUGAGGGUUAUAUACAGUAUCUAAUAGAAAAGGAGGUACUCUCUGGCUUAGCUAGGCCUUAUUCUGUGGGGAAGUAUAAGAAAUAAAGUUCUAGUAGAAAAAAAAAUUUUUUUAACUUUGAAUUGGCCAAGUUACACAAAUUAUUAUGUUUUUUAUUAGAGCAGGGGAGAGGGGCAGAGGGAGAGAACGAGAGAAUCUUAAGCAGGCUCUACACUCAGCAUACAGCCCGACUCGGGGCUCGAUCGCAUGGCUCGUGACCUGAGCUGAAAUCAAGAGUCUGACCUUCAACCGACUGAGCCACCCAGGCACCUGUAGACACACACACACACACACACACACACACACACACACUUUUUAAUUUGUAGAUUCUCUAAGAAUGGCCAGAGGGAAAUUCCUUUACCUUGACUUUGUUUCUGACCUGUUACAAACACAGAGCUCAAGAAUCUCCGAAAGCACUUGGACCUGAAACAGUGGUUUUCAACUUGGGUUGUGCAUUGAAAUCACCUAGGGAGAUAUAAAAACUUCCGCCUGAGCUGAACCCUGCCCCUCCUCCCAUCUCUGCCCCCAGAUUCCAGUGUAAUUGGUUUAGGUGUGGCCCGGGCACGCAAAUGUUGAAAGAGCUCCCCAGGUGACACCGAUGGGUAGCCCCAGGUUGAGACCCCUGCCCUAGAGGGUUGCUAGCCAAGGGUAGAGGAAACGGGUAGAGUUGGUCUAGAGUUGGUCGUCAGGUUUGUUAAUCCAGGUGCUGCGUUAACAUUAGGGUGUCAGUGGCUUUGAUGGAUGGUGAGAAGCCAGGAGAUCCCUCGCCCCAGGAUGGGAGGCCAGGUGCCUUCAGGAACUGGUGUGCCCAGCUGUUCUCGUCACCCUGGGGGUUAGCACACCUGAGUGGGCAAGUCUCUGUCAGGUGCCCAUGGGGUCAGACGCGGGCCCAUUCUGGAGUUGGGGUAGAACAGAGUCAAGGGUCGGGGAGGGGCUGUCCCCCGGAAGGCAGCCUCCUACUUGCACAGCUGAGCAGGAGGGGACACUGGCUUUGUGGGUUUUGCCUCUGACCUGUUUUCAGGCUGGGUGGAUGAGGGUCACCCCAGCGUCUCCACUUUCAGCACCCAAACCAGCACACCCCGGCCCACGUCCAAGAGGCUCCAGGCGCUGGUCUGCUGGAUCAUCUGAUUCCUGACCCAGCCAGGUCCCGGUGGUCAGGAGGGCACAGUGCGGGCGCUUUUGUUCCACCAAGGGACUUAAUGGCCGGCAGAAACUGCAGCGGCCAGUGGGGACUGGUGGCUCAGGGCGAAACUAAGGCUGCUUUUUGUGCUGUGGGCACGUGUGUUUAAUGCAUUAGCAAAUUUAGCAGGGGAAGUUUGGGAACGGUCGCCACGCCAAGAAAAUGACUGUUCGCCUGGCACGACCACAGCGACUCUUUGAAAGGGCUGAGGAGGGUUUGGGGCUGAGGGCUUCAGUGCUGGCAUCCUCCCUGGCCGGUGCUCCUUGGGGACGGAGGUCAGUCCCUGUAGGGCGAUGCUUCAGGCUGGUGGAGACCAAGGCCCAUCUGCUGAGGGGCCUCAGGCCAGAAGGGCCAAGUACCCCCUGGUGACUUCAGGCAAGUUCCUUCUGUUGACCUUAGGGACCUUCAGGUCCUCCGUCCUGCUCUGAAUCUGUGUGCAAAAGGUCAGGGAGCAGGAGAGGCUGGCACCACGGGCCAGCCCGAGCUGCGUGGCAGCACAGCUCUAAGGCCCUUGUGCCGCCCACCUGAGAACAUAGGCUGCUUUCUGAAAGCAUAGACCCUGGCGAAGUGGUCUGACUUUGGUGCUCCGACCUUGUAGGCUCCUCCUCCUUCCUUGUGACUGUAACCCGCCAUCUGCCCCCCGCAGCCACCGCAGGAGGGUGGCUGAGAAUGGCGGGAGUUAAGUGCUGUUGCCCCGAGGGGACCGCACCUCCUACCGGGACCCUCUGCUUUGCUGUGCUGCACAGGCUGUGUUUUGUCUGCAUGGUUUGGGGUCGCUGUCCUUGUGCCUUUUUUCUUCCCUGUCCACUGUACAGGAUUUGCCAUGUCCUCACUGCCCCUUUUCUACAUCCUCGUGUUUACCCUGGUCCUUCCCGAGCCCUGUAAAUGUGUACAUAGCGUCCCACUUGGCGUCCACGGGGUCUGCUCCCAGGCCAGGCCUCCCAGCACGUUCUUCCACACGCGCCUCCAGGUUGCUCGCUCAGCCGUGCAGAUUUGGUAACUUUGUACAGAACUCUUUUCAUUAUGGUCUUAAGCUCGGAGGGCUCGCAGUCCCUCGUCCAGCCUGCAGCUAGUUUAGAAGCCUUGCACACCAGAAAAGGGUCACUUUGUGUAAAGCACCUUCUCCCACAAACGUCUUCCCGUAUUGGUGUCAGUAUUUAUAGAAAGCAGAGCGCAUCUUUCUAACUGUGGGGUUCGGCCCAGGGCCCCCGCAGGGACGUCAUGGGUCUGCGGCAGCACCCCUGGCCCCCAGAGGAAGCUCCAGCUGUGUGUGGCUCCCGGUGCUUGGCACUGGGCUGGGUUCAAGACCACCACCAUCUGGUGUCUCGAACAGCUUUGGAACUCCCAAGUGGGCAGAAGAGGCUCCUCGCUGCUGCCCCGGCCUGCUAUUAACUGCCGAGCUCUUCCUCAUCUGCCCGAGGUGCUCAGACCCGAGUGCCAUUAAUUCCCCGACUGCUGACCGGACUCACUCGCCCACAGCCUGCUGGCUCCCUCCGUCCUGGCCCUUCCUGCUUUCUUGGCUGGGCCUCCGGGGGCCCAGAUGGAAGAAGCUACAUGUAUGGCCUCGUGCCCAGGGGUUUGUUAGACGGCUUUGACUCUGGGAUUCCCCUUGGGUCUCGCCCCAGGAGCCUCCCUCUGGAAGCAGGCUUAUCUCUGGAGCUGGGGUGAGACCACUUCCAGGCCCCAAGGUGGGGAGAGGGGUGAGGCCCAAGGCUGCGUCCCAGGGCCCCAAGCUCUCCACGUCCUACCUGCUUCUAGCCAAAAAGGAGCAGGCUGUCAGAGGCAGGCUCCUUCAGGAACUCUAAUGUACAGACCAAGGUGUAAAUAAACAGUUUGCUUUUCUUGCCUGA